AAUUGCGAGGGACGCCUACGAUGCCUUCCCGACCGAGUGCAAGAAGAAGGUAGGCGACGCGUGCAAGAGAUUGGAACUGGCUUUCCCCUCCGGCGACAAAGUCGAGGCACAGGUCCAGCUCCGGUCUUUGAGACUCACAACAGAUGACAGCCUUGAUGCUUUUGUGGUGAAGCUUCGAGGGCUAGUCAGUCGCGCAUUUCCCGACACCCGGCAUACCGAUCAUGACCCCUUGCUGUACAAUUACUUCCUCCAAUCACUGCCACCGACAUAUCAACAAGCGCUAAUAGGCGAGGGCAUCCAGACGUUCGACAGUGCGGUGGCAAAGGUGAGAAACCUCUCAUGCGCCGCGAAGGUGGCAGCGAGCCAGACGGUUCGGCAGGUAGCGGCCACAGACGAGACAGACCUACUUCGUCGGAAAGUUCAGGAGCUGGAGUUGAAACUCUCGCGACUGGAGCGUCCGCAGGUAAGCGCUCGUUCUCCCCCAGUGUCCAGCAGCGGCCGUACUUGCUUCUGUUGUGGGAGGCCCGGUCACAACCAGGCGCGGUGUCGGCAAAGGCACCUGCCGUGUCAUGUGUGUGGGACCAAAGGACACUUGGCCCGGAUGUGCACGCAGCAGGUAAACCCCCAGCGGGCUGGGCCCGGCCCCGACCCCAGACCCGAGCAGCAGCGGACCCCAGUCUCAGGGUUCCAGCGGGGACCAGGUCCACAUCAGUGGGAUGCCAGACCACAGGACCAGCGGCCGCAGCCGUUGCAGCCGCCCCGGAUGGCCCAGUCGUUGCAGCCCGAGCAGGUGAGAGGACAGUCCACUUGAAUGCUGACAUGACAUUUGACGCUGAUGUGGGAGGUGUGACGUGUUCAGUGACGUUGGACACCGGCAGCAGCAUUAAUAUCAUUCACAAAUCCGUUUUUGAUGUGCUCCCCAAGGCCCCUCCCCUUUUCACUACGGCCACAGUGGCACACACGGUUAGCAGGGACCCCCUACCACUGAUCGGUCGUACACAGAUUGCCGUUAAAGUUGCUGGAGAAGUAGUGGUGGUUCCAUUCUAUGUUUCGGAUCAGAUUGACUGCACUGUUUUGUUGGGAUUGGAGUUCUUUGGCGUGUGCCCGUGUGUUCUGGAUCUCACCAAGAGUCAGCUGAUCCUCAGCUCUGCGAAAAUGGUCAGAACCAUCUCCGCUUCAGUCUUCUCGGUGGGUAAGGUGAUUUGUCAGAGAGACAUCGCGGUUCCGGCCGGACACGAGGUUUUCUUUCCAGGUUUUGUUCCAAACGUCGACUUCAGAGGGCCAGCACUGUGCGAGCCAUUGCUUGAAGUCCCGGGACUCGAGUUGGUUCCUUCCAUGGUGCAGGUAAACGGUCAGAGUGUUCCGUGCAUUGUGAGAAACAUUACAACUGAGCCAAUCACGAUCCCCAAGCGUGCGGAGAUCGGUAGACUGGAAGUGGGCGUGGCUGAGUUUCCAGUCCCUUCAGGUGACGCAGAUCCCAAUUGGCGUGAAAAGAUAGACCUGUCAGACACAGACCUCAGUAAGGAGCAGAAGGAGAAGGUGACCGAGCUGCUGACCAAAUAUAGUGACAUGUUUGAUGGUCGGUUGGGCUUCACAUCCGCGGUGGAGCAUCACAUCGACACAGGUGACAGUCCGCCGAUACGUUCAGCACCCCAUCGCGUCCCACCAUUCCUGGAGGAUAAGGUAAGGGCCGAGAUACAACGCUUGGUGGAUCUAGGGGUUCUGGAAGAGUCGAAUGGAUAUUGGAGUAGUCCUGCAUGCUUUGUCGCAAAGAAAGAUGGACGAGUCCGGAUCUGUGCUGACCUCCGAAAGGUUAACGCUGUGACUAAGAUGCCUGCUUAUCCUGUCCCCAGAAUAGACACGAUUCUAGAUUCCCUGGGUGGAAAUUCAAUGUUCUGUGUGCUUGAUCUUCGCAUGUGUUACUUUCAAAUCGGUGUGAGAGAAGAGGAUCGUCCUAAAACGACUAUCGUCACCCCGUUCGGCGCUUGGCAGCACCUUCGGCUCCCGAUGGGACUCAAUGGUGCCGCGGCUAGCUGCGCCCGCAUGCUUGAUAUUGUUUUGCGCGAUCUUCCCAAGGGCACGUGUCAUUCCUACUUUGAUGAUGUUUGUUUGGGUGGUAAGACGUUCGAGGAGACACUUGAGAAGCUCGAGCUAGUUCUAGACAGGCUCCACCGAGCCGGUCUCACGAUCAAUCUGGAAAAGUGCUCCCUGUUCCGUUCGAGUGUCAAAUUCUUGGGACAUGUGGUGGAUGAGAGUGGCUUGUCUCUCGACCCCGACCGUGUGAGCAAAGUGCGCGACUGGCCGAUUCCGCGGACAGCCAAGCAGCUCUCCUCAUUCCUAGGGCUGGCUGGUUACAUGCGCAAAUUUGUCAAAAAUUUUGCGAGCAUCUCUGCACCGCUCUUCAAGCUGUUGCAGAAAGACGUGAAGUUCCAGUGGUCAGAGGAGGCGCAGUUCUCGUUCGACCGGCUUCGCAAAGCCCUCAGUGAAGCCCCAGUAGCACUAGAGAACUCGAACAGAAGUCAUCAGAAGAAUAAGGAGAUUUAUGAUAGAAAGCUAAAUGAGAACAGUUACCUACCUGGAGACAAAGUGUAUCUGCAUAAGGGAAUCGUUCCGCGCGGUCAGUAUUAUAAGUUUUUGCGUCCUUGGAAGAGAGCAGUAGUAGUAGAUCAGGUCGGUCCUCUGAACUAUAGGAUCAGACUAGAAGGAGCUAGGUCUACGCUCAUCGUACACCACAACAGGUUGAAGCCUCGAGUGGAUACCGGAGAAGGUGAGUCACCGGUGACCGCACCGACAGCGUCCGUCUCACGGGCGGACCCCGCCGCGAGACCACAGCCGGCUGUCGGGACAGCAGCAGGCGUGACCUUUCCGACAGGCCGAAGGAGGAUGGAUGGUGUCAGUGACAAUCAGAGGGUAAGUGGCGCGCAGUGUGAAGGUAGGCCUAGUUGCCAACCAGCUGACGCCGCUAGUCUUGACGACUCAGGACCGCCGGCCCUGUCCCUGCUGAAUCCGUUCGCCAUAUCUUUCGCCCCGCAGACACCCCCAGUUCAGACAGAGACAGCGCGUGAGACACGUGAGACGCCAGAGGGAGUCGCAGAACCGAUAGCAGGUUCAGCUCCGACUGGAGCAGCAGAGGUGCCGCCCGACGUGGCGAACACUCAGGUUACCGCAGAUAUGCGCAGUCCCGAAUUGCGUAGGUCAACACGAGUAGUCAUUCCUCCCGACAGGUAUUCGCCGUGAUUUUCCGUUGUGGGUACCUAUCACACAGAGCUGCUGUGUGCUGCUGUCGUUUUUAAUGUUUAAUACUGGGUGAAAGGCAAUGACAUUGGGCGAUAACUUGACUUGAGAUUCCUAUCGUAGUAAGAACAGCUGCAAGCGAGCCUUAGUGUUACCUCUGUACAAUGGGCACCUAGGUAGUUCUCUAGCGAAUGGAGAAGCGCACGAGCUGAGCUGCAAUACGGAGUUAUUCAGUUGAGACCGAACAUGUUUAGCCGUCCAGUAAAAAAAAAAAAAAAAGUUCCUUUUUCGUAGGUCGAUGCGUUGUAUUGUAUGUGUAAAUAAUCGAGAAGUUUCUUCGCGUUAGGGAGGAAGGGUGUAAGCGGAUUUCCGCUUACAUGUUAUGCGAGCGGAUACUGGGCCUACCAGAAGUGAAAGUCGCAACUCUAAAUUCGUCCUGCGCUGCAAUAAUGUCCUUGGUUUGUUGUCGCGUGUUUAGUUCUAUUUAGUUAUGAUACUGAUUUGUAAUGACUAUUUUAUUAUUUAAUAUUGUUCGGUACCAAUGUUUCUUUAGUUAUGUGUCAUAUUUCUUAUCCGAAGAGUUUUAGACUUCCUGUAAUGAUUUUGUCCAAUGAUGUAGUUGCACGCCACGCGAGAGCCAAUCAGGUAAUCGCUUAUUCUGACCAAUGAGAGAGCAGCCGAAUUUCCGUUGAGCCCCCGUCGCGUCCAGCGCGGGCAUUCGGUGCGCCGCGACAUGGCGAGGAUCGAGAUGUGAUUGGAUUGCGCCUGCUUGAACGGUGGGUUUCAACUUUCGUGAUAACUACUGUUUAUUUUAUUUCACAUUCUCUAAUAACGGGUUUUGAUAUUUCGUGCCGGCUUUGUAUGUGUCGGGAUUGUGACAGUUGUUUGUCUUUUCUUUCUAGGGCGUUUCUGUUUGUUUGUUUGUCUGCCGGAUACACGCUUGUCGGCUCCGA